AUGAAGCCUGUGUUACAUUGGAGCUGCCUGCUGCUGAUGAUGAUCAGUGUACGAGCAGACAUAUACUUACAUAUCCCACGAGGUUCUAACAACAGACUAGCAGAAACCACAGCAACUCGAACCAAUGCCAAUCGUGUGUUUGAUUCACAGAACAACAACCGAGGUGGUUAUAACGUUGGUGAUGCUACUGAAGACAAAGCUAACAACAACGAGGGCAAACAGUACAGGAUGAAAUAUUUUCAAAGUGGAUCGUGGAAAACAAAGACAAAUGAUGCUGGUAAAAGCUUCCUGUCUGUCGAAUGGACAAACCAGCAUGGAUGUGGUGGUAACGAGGACACUAAUCCUCAAAAACAGAACUGUCACUUGGUACUGCAGUAUAUGUGUCAGGACGAUGUAGACUCGCCCACAGGUACAGAUGAUACACUAAGGAAUGGAGCACAGACAAAUACUCAAGAAUAUCAACCUCCCAACAACUUAGACGAGACAAUGAGGCAGAAAAACAACAGGAAAAAUCAAAAUGUCAAGUCCAGUCGUGUGAUUCAGGAACCGUGGGAGUGGUACGACUACUGUUAUAUACGUCAACGCAACAAAGUGCUUAGUGUGAGAAUCAUACCUGCUUGCUUACUGUGGCAUCCAACUCCCUGGACAGAUAUUGCUGUGUUGGCAGAAAACGCUUCCAUGUGUCAGUAUUAUGAAAAGGAGAGUUUUAACAGCCGAUCCUAUCAUGCCUGUGUGGAAGACUAUGGUGAUGGAAGCCGCAAGCAUGCAUCCAAGUGGAACAACCAGGAAGAGUGUGUUGAUAAUGGUGGCCAGUGGGUAGCCUUCCAUAACUACUUAGAGAAAGCUCCAGCCUACACGAGUGAGGAUCAGUGUACCAGACAGAGUGCUGGUGGCUAUACCUACAUCUGGGCCGUACCAUUUGAUGCGCAGGAUGUCACAAAGAAGGAAUGCCUUAUCAAGCUUGAUGCUCCAAAUUGUAGAGCUGCAGACUUUUCCAGAUCUAAUCAUCUUGGAAAUGGAGUUGAUGGUACAGCUCUUAAAUAUGACUGGACACUACCCUAUUUCCCUUCUGGUAACACUAAGAGAUGUGUUUUCAGGAUCAGAUAUAACAUUUCCACAGAUGACUUUGAUCCUUAUGCUACAGACAGUAGCCACAACAGAAAUGUAUUGACAAAGACCAUGUCUCCUGUAGAACAAAACCCCUAUAUUGAUGUUGGUGAAAGAUCAGCACUCCGGCUUAACAUCAAUACUGAUCAAACAGGACGUAUAUUCCAGGACCGUAGUCACGUAUUUCUCCUCAAACCACGCCCCACAGGAAUGGAGAAUGACAGGAUCUACAACCUUAACAUCAGGGGCAAGCGGGGCAAUAUAGUCCAGGUGUACCCAGCUGUCGAGUAUGACUUCCACCCUAACACCCUUAAUCUGCGAUCUAACGAUCUGGUACAUAUACAGUGGACAGGCUCCAAUAGCCAUAACAAUGGAGGGAAUGGUGGAGAUGGACAGGCAGGAGAUGAGGGACAAGGGAAGGAUGGCACUGAUAGAAACAACAUGGUACAAAUUAAGGACUUGAAUGACAACUAUCCAGUGCCGUUUGAACGAUCCAGUAUGUGGCAGAAUGCUGAGGUGAAAUGGAUUUAUCAUGGAAAAACAUCAGUGUCCUCGAAGGACCUAGCUGUCAGUAUGGCCUCAUCCGGAUACUACAUGUGCGUCAAGGGAAGUGAUUGUGGAGGACAGUCCGGAGAAUCUGCUGACACAAAGACACUUAUGGAUAAACUGCUGAAUAACGCCCCAGCAUCAUAUGAAGGUGCUGUGUUAAAGUUCAAGUCAGGCACAUACCACUACAUGUGCACUCGAAACAACAACUUUACAAAUCGCAGUCAAAAGGGCACUAUUAUUGUUGUUGAAUAAAAAAAAUGCAACUACAAUUUGAUUCUACACCCUACAGAUAUUACAGCCAAAAGGACUGUUAUCGUUAAAAAAUAGGAAACACCUCACACACAUUACCUGGGUAACCUAUUAAGCCAUGUCCUAAAACUAAAGCAUUAUUUUUGAUGUAUGAGGAUUAGUUAGUUACACCAAACAUGUAUCCAUAUAAUGUCAAAAGACCUGCCUUCCUUUGUGUUUUAUAUCAACGGUUUAGUGCUUUGUUUAUACUUUUUGA